CAAGUGUCUACUGCAUCCCAGCAGCAAAAAGUCACCUAUACCAAUCAGCCAGCCAUUAAAACUCAGUUCCUAACAACCUCUUUAACUCAGGCACAGAAGGCACCUGGAACACAGCAAGUACAAGCUCAGAUACAGGUUGCCAAACUCCCUCAGGUGGUUCAGCAACAAGCUGCAAUUGCUACUCUGCAGCAGGUGGUGUCAGCCUCUCAGCAGGUUCAGCCACAAACUGUGACUUUGACCCAGGCUACAGCUGCAGGCCCACAACAGGUACAGGUGAUACCAGCAGGCACAGCUGCAGCCCAUGUGGUGCAACAAAAGCUUUUACAGCACCAAGUAAUGGCAGCUACUGCUUCACAACAGCUUCAGGCUCCAACAAGCCAGACUUCAGCACCUGUAUCCAGCACAUCAGAGGUCCAAAGUCAGCAGGCAAAGUUGCAAGUACGAACCCAGACAGUCAGGAUUAAAGCUCCCACAAAACCCAGUUGA